CUUCAUCAUCAACAACAACAACAACGUCACGUAUCGAGGACGCGCUCGAGCCAACACCACGCGACAGGGACUGACAAGAUGGCGAUCAUUUUAGAAACAGAGGAGUUACUGCCGUGAAGGAGAGGCUCGAAGCCACCAUGCCCUGGGAGGGUCCCAUUUCUCAGCUCCCCAUGGUCACCAUGGUGAUAUGAAGCCAGUGUGACACGUUGACACACACAGACAGACUCGCACACACAGUCAGUUAUUGACUGGCAUAGCCAGCUCGGCAGGCCGGCGUGUGUAAUGGACAGGUGUAAGCAUGUGGGGCGGCUGAGGCUGGCCCCGGAUCACUCCAUCCUCAACCCCCAGAAGUGGCACUGCGUGGACUGCAACACCAGCGAGUCUAUAUGGGCCUGCCUGGGCUGUGCUCACGUGGCAUGUGGGCGCUACAUCGAGGAACAUGCUCUGCAGCACUUCCAGCAGCAGCACCACCCAUUGGCUAUGGAGGUUAAUGAACUUUACGUUUUUUGUUACUUGUGUGACGACUACGUCCUGAAUGAUAACGCCACCGGAGACCUGAAGCUGCUUCGUAGUACGCUCAGCGCUAUCCAGAGCCAGCGCUAUGAGGUUACCACCCGCAGUGGGCGUACCCUUCGCUCUGCUAGCGCUGCCCCUGAUGCCCUGAUGCCAUCGGGUGCCCGCGAGCUGCAGCUAAAGGACGAGGACAGGAUGUUUACUGCGCUCUGGCACCGCCGCAGGGCGCUUAUGGGACGUGUUUUCCGCUUCUGGUUUGCACUGACUGAAUGCGGAAAGAAAAGGGAGGAUGAAGAGAGAAAGAGGGAGGAGGAUGAGGAGCAGAAAAGAGAGGCAAGGGAGAGGAGGCGGGCUUUAAAGAGGCAGCUACAGGAGGAGCUGGAGAAUGCCCCUCUCAGAAAGAGUCGGCGGUUACGUUGGAAGAGCCAGAAAGUUGCAGAAGCUCCAGUCGCAACACCAUCUCGGAGGGUACGCAACAAGACAAAACCCCCUGUGCCUACGUCAGUCACCCGCAGGCCAAGGACGCAGAGUCCUGCCACAGCUACCCCGAAGAAAGGCGGACGGACGAAAAAAGUCCAACCAACUCCCAAAACCCGGAGCCAUUCUUCUAACACAAGAUCUAAGGCCAAAGCAGCGACACCACGUUCUGCCCAAACACCUGUUCGCCGUAAGCAGAGUACCAAACAGGGUGGCUCGCCCUUCAAGCGGCGUCCCACAGUCACUCCCGGAGUGACUGGCCUGAGGAAUUUAGGCAACACCUGUUAUAUGAACUCCAUCCUGCAGGUGCUGAGCCACCUUCAUUUCUUCAGGGAAUGCUUUCUGCGCCUGGAUCUGACACAGGCACUUGAGCUGCUGGCAUCUGCCGUCCACGGACAACUGACAGGGAAGCCCUCGUCCCAGUCCCCGCUGAUCCAAAGGAAGGGAUUCCAGGCCAGCUCGGGCUCUGGGGCAGGGCUGAGCGGUGGGGCCUCACGGGCCCGCAGCAUGGAGCUGAUACAACCCAAAGAGCCCAGCUCGAAGCACAUCUCUCUCUGCCACGAGCUGCACACCUUGUUCCAUGUUAUGUGGUCUGGCAAGUGGGCGCUGGUAUCGCCUUUUGCCAUGCUCCACUCUGUGUGGCAGCUGAUCCCGGCGUUCAGGGGCUACGCUCAGCAGGAUGCUCAGGAGUUCCUGUGUGAGCUGCUGGACAAGGUGCAGCACGAGCUGGAGAACACCGGCAAGCACACGACCACCGCAGCAGUCCCACAGAAACGACUCAUCAAGCAAGUGCUCAGUGUGGUCAACACCAUCUUUCAUGGCCAGCUCCUCAGCCAGGUGACGUGCCUGGCCUGCGACCAUCGCUCCAACACUGUGGAGCCUUUCUGGGAUCUGUCUCUGGAGUUCCCUGAGCGGUAUCACAGUAAUAGCAGGGAGUCGGCUGCUCAGGCUUCGUGCCAUUUGACUGAAAUGCUGGCCAAGUUCACAGAGACUGAAGCGCUAGAGGGAAACAUCUACGCCUGUGAGCAGUGCAACUCUGCUCGACGGCGGUCCUCCGCCAAACCAGUCCUCCUGACUGAAGCACAAAAACAGCUGAUGGUCCACAAACUGCCUCAAGUCCUGCGGCUUCACCUCAAACGCUUCAGGUGGUCUGGGCGGAACCACCGGGAGAAGAUCGGAGUCCACGUCCGCUUCGACCAGCUUCUCAACAUGGAGCCCUACUGCUGCCGAGAGCCCUCACCCAAAGUUGUGUCCUGCUCCAGUCCCAGCAGCCCCAACUCCACGGGCUCGCCGCGCCCCAAGCACUUCCUCUACGACCUCUCCGCUGUGGUGAUGCAUCAUGGGAAGGGCUUUGGCUCCGGCCACUACACCUCCUACUGCUACAACACAGAAGGGGGUUUCUGGGUUCACUGUAAUGACUCUAAGCUGAAUGUGUGUUCAGUGGAGGAGGUCUGUCGUGCUCAGGCUUACAUCCUCUUCUACACAGCGCGAGUAACUCAGGACAAAGACUGGCCGCUAUAGUAUCACAAUCCCCUCCUCCUCCUCC